UCCGUGAGACGGCGCCGUACGUGCAUGGUCCGGCCAAGCCGCACCAUUCCCUCCACGGGACGAGAGGGGAAAGCGAGAGGUAGUCGGCACGCACGGCCGAAGCUCCACAUUCAUCCACAACGCACCAGGUCGCACUCGUACGUCCCAUGGCACGCCACCGCGCCAACGAAACAAGAGUCCCAAAACGGCGUGCCGUCAGAGGCUGCUGUGCUAAAUCUGGGGUGGAGGGGAGGGGACGCACCGAGGCGCGGCCGCCUCGCCGAGAUCGACGGGCCGACGCAACCCAGGCCGAGGCCGAGCGAGGGAAGCGAUACAACCCACCACAAGCAGCGGGCGCGUCGUCGGGUUCGCGUGCGGCGGAUAUUCGGACGGGGCGGCAUAACACCCGGGCCGAACGGGUCGCGCGCUCUCUCUCUCCCGGCGGUCUUCUCCUCGGCCCUCUGGCGAUGGCGACGGCGACGGCGGCGGCGGUGUGGGAGGAGGAGGCGGAGGUGGAGAGGCCGAUGCUGGAGGAGGAGGGGAAGGGGAAGCAGGGCAAGGGGCGGCGCUACGGCCUCGUCGACUACCGGGCGCUGCCGGCCUACAUGCGCGACAACGAGUACAUCCUGCGCUACUACCGCUGCGAGUGGCCGCUCCCGCAGGUGCUCCUCUCCGUCUUCUCCAUCCACAACGAGACCCUCAACGUCUGGACGCACUUGAUAGGAUUCUUCAUCUUCCUUUCUUUGACCAUAUAUACUGCAACAAAAGUUCCAAAUGUGGAUCUUCAGAGCCUGCAGAAUUUACCUGAUAUACUUAGGAAUGCUGAUCUUCAUAAGAUUCAGGCAGAGCUUGCGGCAUGCCUUCCUUCAUUACCUCACUUUUCUGAUCUGCAAAAGAUGAAGGAUGAAUUGAGAAGCUCAUGGAAUUCUAUCGAUGUGCUUCCGUCAAUAUCUCGUUGGCGUCUCUUGGAAUUACUCUCAAAUUGCUUGCCUGACAGAUUUACCCAUUCCAACGAAACUAAUCUUUCUGUUCUUGAAAGCAUGAAGGAGGAUAUUGUAACUGUAAUUGCACCACACUUUAUUAGGCCGAUCUCUAGGUGGCCGUUCUUUGCCUUCUUGGGAGGAGCCAUGUUUUGCCUUCUUGCCAGCAGCACAUGCCACCUUCUGUCCUGCCACUCUCGCCGCCUUGCAUAUAUCAUGCUUCGGCUCGACUAUGCGGGCAUUGCAGCUCUUAUCGCCACUUCUUUCUACCCUCCAGUAUACUACUCUUUCCUGUGCCAUCCUUUCUUUUGCAACCUGUACCUCAGCUUCAUAACUAUUCUAGGAUUAGCAACUAUUGCGUUCUCUCUGCUCCCGGUCUUCCAGAACCCGGAAUUCCGAACUAUACGGGCGUGCCUCUUCUUUGGCAUGGGAGCUUCAGGUGUGAUCCCUGUUUUUCACAAGUUGAUCCUUUUUUGGCACCAACCAGAGGCACUGAUCACUACCGGAUAUGAAAUUUUGAUGGGGCUGUUCUACGGUGUUGGAGCAUUGGUGUACGCGACUCGGGUGCCUGAACGCUGGAUGCCCGGGAAGUUUGACAUUGCUGGGCACAGCCACCAGCUCUUCCAUGUCUUGGUCGUUGCUGGAGCCUACACCCACUACCAUGCAGGGCUGUUGUACCUCAAGUGGAGAGAUCAGCAGGGCUGCUAAAAGUUGUUCUAUUGUUACAGGGUGUGGAUAGAUUUAUUUGGUUAUAUGGUUGUGUCUCUGAUCAAUAGAAGACUGUUGAAUCAGGGUAAAGAAUUUACUGAUCUGUGUAAAGUGUAUACUAGACGAAAUAAACAAGUAAAAUUGAGGUGAUUAUAACUUUCUUACUGGCUUAAGGUGAUUAUAUUCAGCAACCUUCAUGAAAGGUUGAUACUACUUGUGUUAUUGUCUUGGUGAUGGAAUCUGAGUAGCAAUUGAUUGCAGUUGCUGUCCACAGCCGUGCACAUCAGCUACGACCUGCGAGACAAGUUUGUUGCAGAAGAAGCAUCGCCAAGCGUCUGAAUUGAUAUAAUUUGACAGGCUGAGGUCGAUGGCACCGGCUGAAUUGUUCUCCUUUUUUGGUACCAAUAAUAAUACAGCACCGCGGCUGUUGUUGGUGGCUCAUGUCUCUGCUCGGUCGCAAAAUAUCGUUCACAUGGAUCUAUCUAGGCUCAUCGCCGUGGCCGUGCUCCUCGGCGCCUUGCGCCCGCUCCUGAGCCACUGCGCCGGCGACGUCGAGGGCCUACACCCGCUCGUGCUGGUGCCAGGGUACGGGUCCAACCUGCUCGAGGCGCGGCUGACGGCGGCGUACGAGCCGCCGGCGCCCGGCUGCGGUAAGGGGAAUGGGUGGUUCCGGCUGUGGCCGAUCAAGCAGACGGCGAUGCAGGACCCCCGCCAGGUCCCGUGCUUCGUGGACCAGAUGAGCCUCGUCUACGACGCCGUCGCCGACGACUACGGCAACGUUGCCGGCGUCGUGACCCGGGUCCCGCUCUUCGGCUCCACGCGCGGCUUAAUUGGGUGGGACCCCCUGCUGCGGGAGCUGGAGGCCGCGGGCUACCGCGACGGCGAGAGCCUCUUCGCCGUGCCGUACGACUUCCGCUACUCCGUCGCGCCGCGCGGCCACCCGUCCGCGGAGGGCGCCUGCAACUUCGACGAGUUCACGCGGCUCGUCGAAAGGGCGAGCUCGCUCAGCCAGGGACGGCCGGUCGUCGUCGCCGCGCACAGCUUCGGCUGCGCGCUCACCUACCAGUUCCUCCUCGGCCGCCCGCUCGCCUGGCGCCGGCGCUUCGUGAAGCGCGUCGUCUUCGUCGCCUCCGCGCUCGGCGGCUUCUCGGAGGGGAUGAACGACCUGGCCGCCGGCACGGACUACGGCCUGCCGAACGUCGCGCGGCCGUCGAGGGUCCGGCUGGCGCGGAGCCAGCAGAGCGCGCUCUGGCGCCUGCCCACGCCGACGGUGUUCGGGGACCGGCCGCUGGUGGUGACCAGGAACGCGACGUACACGGCACACAAUAUUGCGGAGUUCUUCGAGGCCGUCGGCUUCCCGGAAGGGGUCCGGCCGUACGUGACGCGGGUGCUGCCAGCAUGGGAGGCGCUCCCGGCGCCGAUGGUGCCGGUGACCAGCAUCAUCGGGGUCGGUGUCAGCACGCCGGAGACGUUCGUGUACGGGGAAGACGGGUUCGUGGGGACCCCGGAGGUGGUGUACGGCGACGGCGAUGGCGACAUAAACAUGGUGAGCCUGGUGGCCAUCGAGAAGGAGUGGUCUGGGGUGGAAGGCCAGGUUCUGAAGGUGGUCAGGUUGCCCGGCGUUCGUCACGAUGGCUUCUUCAACGUUGGUUUCGCUCUGAAAAAAGUGGUUGCUGAAAUACUCGAGGCUGGUGGAACUGUAGAACUCCAUCCGAAGAUUGGCCGAGUGCAGAUCGAUGCAGGUCCCGUCUGGAAGGAAGAUAGAUGUAGAGUGCACGAAGGCCUUUAUAAUGCUUCGAGUAAUGCGUUUUUGGAGGUGCUCUGAGUUUGAGUAAUGUUAAUAGUGAUGAAAAGUAAGAGAUUUUGAAAACGAACCAGGAUCAUAAUCUCACAGACGGUAGAUAAAAGUUCCCAAAUGAUAAGUGUCAAUGUGUCAUAUAUAUGGCACAAAGCAGUCCUGACUUUUUUUACACUUAAAGUUGUCUUUCGAAAAAAAAACCUAAAAAUAAA